UUAAAUAAAUAAAGUAUGAAGGUGGAGCUAAUUAGCUUCCUUCUUGCAGAGAACCGAGACGGUUACAGUACUAAUAAUUAGGAUAACUUUAUUAGCGCCAAUGUAAUCGAUGUCUUGCAGAGAUGUUAAGUCCUCUAUUUACGCCAAAAGGGGCCGUGACGUUCGCCGUUAAGCAGUGCGGUCAUGAACCAAGGCGUCGCACGGCCACGACAAAUCUCUUUCCGUGAUCAUUCAGCGAAUCCUGCUUCACUCCACUGACAUUGCUUGUCAGGAGCUGGCUGGGAAAGUCGUAAAUGUUGACCACAUGACCUCGGGACAGGAAAAACUGGCAUAAGUACAUGUCAGUUGCCCAGGGCUUGAAUUUCAAUCAAGUGACCGCAGGGACGUUGCGAUGCUCGUGAGUAGUACAAGGACAAGCUGGAAGUCAAGUUUUUCAUCGCCCAAAGUUUGAACGGUCACUAAACGGACAGUCGUAAUUUGAGGACUUAGGUAAUGCAGUGCUUGUAAUGCAAAAUUUGAAAGCACGGGUUAGACCCCCCCCAACCGUAAAGAGCUCCCCUUGCCAACUGCAAGGGUUCGAUUAGAGGCAAUCCUCCACUUAUGACCACCAUGGAGCCCAAAAUUCCUAAGCGAGACAUUUGUUAAGCAAGUUUUGCCCCAUUUUACGACCUGUCUUGCCACAGUUGUUAAAUGAAUCGCUGCAGGCGUGAAGUUAGUCACACGGUUGUUAAGUGAAUCUGGGCUUCCCCUUUGCCAGUCAGAAGGUCGCAAAAGGAAAACACGUGACCCUGGGACAGUGCGGACGUCAUAAAUACGAGUUGCCAAACGCCUGAAUUUUGUUGCUGCAACGGUCGUAAAAUGUGAAAAAACAGCCAUCAGUCACUUUUUCCAGUGCUGUUGUAACUUGGAACGGUCGUCACUGAAGAGAACAGUCCUUCACUUACGACUAAACCUUCUACAGUUCAUGUUUGUUUAAAGUCGCUGGACUUGCACAAUCCUUAUUGGCCGGGCUGGGCUCCAGGAAACCUUUGGUCAUAGUAAUUUUAUUAAUUAGACUUUGGAGAAGCACGGAGCGCUAAGUGGUUUAGCCUGAAUUAAGCUGGGGUGUGAUUAAAGAGGAUGUUGAAACUGGGGGUUCCUGGUUCCUGAAGAAACUCUCUUUCCGUGUUCAGAUUUAGUUUCAGGAAUCUUUAUUGCCAUGCAAGGUGACUCCGGUCGAUGCCAACUGCCAAUGGCGAAGCCAUCCAGCUGGUUGAAGCCGGUGGUCUUACGGAAGUUACGAGGUCGCUACCUGGCCCACCAGGAAGGGCUGCCCGCUCUGCCGGUUCCCCCCCUGCAGCAAACUUUGGAUCGUUACCUGUUAAUGCUGGAGCCCAUCAUUAGCGACGAGGAAUUGAGCCACACCAAAAAUUUGGUGCAAGAUUUUCGGAAACCGGGCGGCGUCGGAGACCGCUUGCAGAAAGGGCUGGAGAGAAGAGCCCGGAAGAACGAGAAUUGGCUUUCAGACUGGUGGCUGAAAACAGCGUAUCUGGAGUAUCGGCUGCCCGUGGUCAUUCAUUCCAGUCCUGGCUUGGUGCUGCCCAAACAGGAUUUCCUGGACCGGCAAGGUCAGCUAAGGUUUGCCGCCAAGAUGAUUGAGGGGGCUCUGGACUUCAAGACGAUGAUUGACAACGAAACUCUACCUGUGGAAUAUCUCGGUGGGAAGCCUCUCUGCAUGAACCAGUACUACCAGAUCCUCUCGUCCUGUCGCAUCCCGGGCCCCAAACGCGACUCGGUGGUGAACUACGCCAAGGGGAAGAAAUCUCCCACCCACAUCACCGUGGUUCACAAUUUUCAGUUCUUUCAGCUGGAUGUUUACAGCAGCGACGGGAGCCCCCUGACCACCGAUCAGAUUUUUAUUCAGCUGGAAAAGAUUUGGAAUACGUCCCUUCAAACCAACAAGGAGCCCAUCGGGAUUUUGACAAGUAACCAUCGCAACAGUUGGGCCAAAGCGUACAACAACCUCAUCAAAGACAAGACCAACAAGGAAUCUGUGCGCACGAUUGAAAAGAGCAUUUUCACCGUCUGCUUGGAUGCGCCGAUUCCCCGGGUUUCAGACGACGUUUAUAAGAGCCGUGUGGCUGCCCAGAUGUUGCACGGAGGAGGAAGUCGAUGGAACAGUGGAAACCGCUGGUUCGACAAAACCCUCCAGUUCAUCGUGGCGGAAGACGGGUCCUGCGGGUUGGUGUACGAACACGCACCGUCUGAGGGCCCCCCCAUUGUGGCUCUGUUGGACCACGUUGUGGAAUACACAAAGAAGCCAGAGCUUGUAAGAUCUCCCAUGGUCCCAUUACCGAUGCCAAAGAAACUACGGUUUAAUAUCACCCCGGAAAUCAAAAAGGAUAUCGAAGACGCCAAACAGAAUCUCAACAUCAUGGUGCAGGAUCUGGAUAUCAAAGCGACCGUAUUCCAUCAGUUUGGGAAAAACUUCCCCAAGUCGGAGAAGAUCAGUCCGGAUGCUUUUAUUCAAAUUGCUUUGCAGUUGGCUUAUUACAGGAUGUAUGGGGAGCUUUGCUCCACUUACGAGAGCGCCUCGCUUCGGAUGUUCCGCCUGGGACGGACAGACACCAUCCGCUCGGCCUCCGUGGAUGUGCUGAAGUUUGUACAGUCCAUGGGUGUUGACAACAUCCAGAAUCAAGAGAAGGCAGAAUUGUUGAGACGAGCCACCCAAGCACACCGAAACUAUACUGACAUGGCCAUUAGAGGAAACGCAAUCGAUCGUCACCUUUUGGGCCUGAAGCUGCAAGCGAUCGAGGAUCUGGUGAGCAUUCCCGAACUCUUCAUGGACACCGCCUACGCCGUGGCCAUGCACUUCAAUCUCUCCACCAGCCAGGUGCCUGCCAAGACAGACUGUGUGAUGUGUUUUGGCCCGGUGGUGCCGGACGGUUACGGCGUUUGCUACAACCCCAUGGAGGAGCACAUCAAUUUUGCCAUCUCGGCUUUCAACAGCUGCAGCGAAACCAACGCCGCUCGGCUGGCCCAUUACUUGGAGCAAGCAUUGUUGGACAUGCGGCUCUUGCUCCAGUCCAACCCCAAGUCCAAACUUUAAGAGGGGAAGCAGGGGAAAGAGGCGAAUGGCCUGUUCGAAUUACUGACAUCUGGGUGGGCUUCAUCCACCCCCCGGACUCCCCCACCCCCCAUCCCCCGAAGGACGGAAAACUUUUCCCGAUUGCACUUGAGUUGUUGCACCGACUUUGCGGGAUGGAAAUGAACUUCAUCACUCAACAGCGGAGAUACCUGCUGCCCCGUCCGUCUUCCUCUCCCUGCUCACCUUUCCUCCGUUCGUAUCAGUCUGUGCCUUUAGAGAGGUUUCGUGGGGAGAAUGGGAAAGGGGGAAGGGGGGCUUGUGAAUCAAGGGGAAUCUGGACCGUCCUUGAUUGGUUGCUGGGUAGAAAGAGAAGGCCUUGGCUCAAAGCCUCCUGAGAAGUUUGGCCUGGGAUUUUGCACAAUGUUUGUUUUCCAUGUGAAUAUGCAAGUCUGUUUCACAGCAUCUGUCAUGGUAGAGCCAUUUUAUGGUUUGAUGCUGAAGAUUGCUUCCCCUUCUUCCUCCCCUUUCCUUCACCUCUUCUUCUUCCUCUCCUUCUCCAUCAUCACUAUCAUCCUUUCUCCUCGUUCUCCUUGUCCUUCUCCUCUUCCUCCUUCUCCAUCAUUCUUAUUUGUCCUCUUCUUUCUCCAUCACCACCUUCUCCAUCUCCUUCUCCUCCAUCAUCCCUCCUUCUGUUCCUUCUCCAUCUCCUCCUUUCUCCAUCACCUCAUUCUCCUUGUCCUCCUUCUCAAUCUCUUCCUCCUGCUCUUCCUUCUCCAUCUCCUCUUUUUCUCCAUCACCUCAUUCUCCUUGUCCUCCUUCUCCAUCUCUUCCUCAUCUCUCCUCUUCUUCUCCAUCUCCUCCUCCUCCAUCAUCCCUCCUCUUCUUCCUUCUCAAUUUCCCCUUCUCCUCUUCCAUUAUGAUGCCUUUUUGUUGAGUUGGUCACAACCUUCGUCACCCACAGUGCAAUUUUGGUCCCGUACAAGUCCUAGUUAACCCAUCUACAUUGCUGGGUUACCUGGACCAACAGCUGAUUCUUACCAAAUUGGCUCAGAGCGUUGUCCUGCUCAAGUUGUUAUUAAGGAUUAUUUGAAAAUGCCAACAUUUUGUAGGAUUUUCUGUGCCAAUAGAUGUUAUUUCGUUAAACAAUAAGCUUUUUUAAAAAAAUGUAUUUUUGUUGGGAGAUUAGCUGUAAAUUUCUACCAGUAUUUUUUAGCUUCCUUUAGUGGUUUGUGGCUACCCAGUUCUGGAUAUUUAUUUUAAGUCACCCUCAUUAAGUCCCCAGGAAACAGAUUUUUAGAUUAUCUGCACAUUUUUGUACACUGGCAUCUAUCUGUCCACACAAUCCUCCUUAAUGACAACAAAGCUUUUAGAAGCUACAAUUUGCACAGCCAAAGACAGGGGAUCUUGUUUGAUCUGCCCUUCCACAUUCGUUUAGUUUGGUGGAUUGUUGUGAAUUUGGUGGAUUAAGCUUUUUGAUGCAACCAUUCGAGAUAGCAAAAAACUCUGCAUUUCAGGAUGUGGAGUAAGAAGUAGAUGGAAGACUCACAGUUGUGCCAGGGCUAAAAGCCAAUUUUUGGGGUUUGUUGCAAUAAAAUUCGUGCCCACAUUUUGAAUAAUUAAAUGUUUUAUGUUUCUAGAAUGGAGAGAAACCCAAGAUACAGCUUUUUCUUUCCUUUCGCUUUCCUUUCUUUUCCUUUUCUUUCCUUUUUUUUCUUUUCCUUCCUUCCUUCCUUCCUUCCUUCCUUCCUUCCUUCCUUCUUUCCUGCUGUCCUACCACUAGACCUCUGUGGCUAACAUGCUGUAGUAGAAUUCAUACAGUGCCAAAUCGAUGUUCAUGAGAUCUGGUGACUUGAUGAAAGCGCAUAAAACCGAAACCCUCUUAAUCACGGAAGUGCCUUAUAUUGCCUGCUCCUAGGGAUAAAAUGUAAAGUGGUUUACAAGUUAUUAUCUUGCAAGUUGAUAUUUCAGCUUUAACAGUUGUGCUGUAUGUUUUUAAAUGCAAAUGUGGCGGGUAGCUUUAAAAAUAGCUUUUAGAGCAGUGUUUCCCAACCUUAACAACUUUAAGAUAGGUGGACUUUCAACUCCCAGAAUUCCCCAGCCAGCACAGCUGUGCUGCCUGCGUUAGAAUGGGUUUUUUUUUUUUCAUAAAAAUAUGUAAAACUAACUAGAGUUAGAGACAAAGCAAGGACAGUCCACGUUUCAAACCGUGGAUGGUUCUAGGACCGUGAUGGCGAACCUAUGCCACGCGUGCCACAGGUGUCACGCUGAGCCAUAUUGGUGGGCAUGUGAGAUCAGCUCUGGCGCUCAUGCGUGCACCAGCCAGCUGAUUUUCCAGCCUUCUGGGCCCACCGGAAGUAGGGAAACAGGCUGUUUCCAGCCUCCGGAGGGCCUGGGUGGGGGUGGGGAAGGCCCAUUUUUCACUCUCCCCAGGCUCCUAGAAAGGCUCUGGAGCCUGGGGAGGGUGAAAAAGGGGCCCAGCAUGCCAUCGCGUGCCAAAAGCGGGGGUGGGGUGCGGCAUAGAAUUAUGGGUGUGGGCAUACACAUGCACGACCCCCCCCGCUUUUGGCACAUGAUGGCAAAAAGGUUAGCCAUCCCUAGGACCUUCAUUCGUGCCACAUUCGUACAACAUGCUAAGCUUGCCAGGUUCAACCUUGAUUCGAAUAUUUACAACUGUUCCUGUUGUGUGAAUUCAACCUGUUGGGUUCCUUUUUUUUUUUUUGCCUCUGAGUUUGCAAGCUCAGAAGAUAAGCUAAUUCGGGCACCCCCUUAAAUAUGGGAAUUCCCAGGAGUCCCAAAUAUCGUACUAGCUGAGAAUUCUGGGAACUUUAAAAAAAAAAAAAAAAAACUCCCGGAAUAUCUAUGUUAAGUUGGUCAAGGUUGACUCAGCCUUCCAUCCUUCCGAGGUAGGUAAAAUGAGGACCCGGUUUGUGGGGGCAAUAAGCAGACUUUGUAUAAAAUAGAACACCGCUUGGGGGGGCCCAAAAGCCCUACUAAGCAGGUAUAUACAAAAGUAUGAAGGCUAUUGCUUAAAAGCAUUGUAAGCCGCCCAGAGUCUCCGGAAAAGGGCGGCAUAUAAAUCAAACUAAUUAGUAAAUAAAGGUUUUAAGGUCUUAAUAACAGCCAAAUUGUUGCCUAUCCUGAUAUUCUCCUAAUGCACCGAACAGAUAUUUUUGCACUGUUUAGCGAGUAUUGCCAAAUUCUUGCUGUUUUGCUUUUGUCGCACUUUGGCCGAAUGCUUGCGUGAUUGGACGGUAAAUUGUAUUACACGGAUUCUUUUGUAUAAGAUGCCUUGCUCUGAAAGACGCAGAGGCCUUGAGCUGUAUAAAUAUAAAUGUAUCCCAAUUAAAAGAGGGGAAAAGAA